AUGGUUGAUUCAGAUUCCAGAUCGGCGACUUUGGCGGAUGAGAAGGAGAAUAGAAGAAGUGUCACUCCAUCGCCGUUGCCUUCUAUCAACAAAGAGGAGGGUGUUGGAAAGGAGACUAUUGAGGCGGAGGCUACGGAUAAUGAGGGUUCGUUGAAAGCUGAGGAGAAUGUCCCUGAUGAUGGAGAAUAUGCGACCGGUUUACCUUUGGCUUUGGUUAUUCUUUCGCUACUGCUCAGUAUUUUCCUGGUUUCUCUUGAUAUGACAAUCGUCGCAACCGCAAUCCCAAAAAUUACAGAUGAAUUCAGAGGUCUCGACUUGGUUGGAUGGUAUGGAAGUGCUUUCUUCUUGACAGUCGGCGCAUUUCAAUCUACAUGGGGGAAGGCAUACAAGUAUUUCCCAUUAAAGCUUGCAUUUUUGGCUGCCAUUUUCGUGUUCGAAGUCGGCUCUUUGAUCUGUGGGGUCGCACCAAAUAGUACAGCUCUGAUUGUUGGACGAGCCAUCGCUGGAUUGGGUGGUGCAGGUAUCGCAUCUGGUGCUUAUACAAUUAUCGCGUUCAGUGCUCCUCCAGCUCAGCGUGCUGCUUAUACCGGUCUGAUGGGAGCUGCUUACGGUCUCGCUUCAGUCGUCGGACCUCUUCUCGGAGGAGUAUUCGCUGAAAAAGUCACAUGGAGAUGGUGUUUCUAUAUCAAUCUACCCAUCGGUGGAGUAUCCGCAGCCAUCAUCGUUUUCUUCUUCAAAACUCCAUCCCAAGCGGUACCAGUCGAAGCAUCGUUAAAAGAGAAACUCCUUCAAAUGGAUCUCCCAGGUACCUUCACAAUCAUGGCCGCAAUCGUCUGCUACAUCCUCGCACUUCAAUGGGGAGGACAGACCAAAUCCUGGAGCGACUCCUCAGUCAUCGGCACACUCGUCGGCUUCGUCCUCAUCCUCAUUCUCUUCGGCGUAGUCGAAUGGUGGCAAGGUGAGCGCGCAAUGGUCAACGGCCGCCUCCUUAAAACCCGCAACAUCGCACUCGGAAUGGCAUUCAUCUUCUUCCUCGGCGGAGCUUUCUUUCUCCUCCUCUACUACCUCCCUAUCUACUUCCAAGUCGUGAACGGCGUCAGCGCUUCUCAGUCAGGCAUCCGCAAUCUCCCCCUCAUCAUCGCCGUCGUCCUCGCAACCAUCACCUCCGGCGGCACCAUCUCUGCCACUGGCCACUUCGUCCCUUGGAUGCUCGUCGGCGGUGUCAUGGCGACCAUCGGCUCCGCCCUUCUCUUCACCCUCGACGUCCACUCCACCUCCGCACACUGGAUCGGCUAUCAAGUCCUCGCGGGUCUCGGUCUCGGCGCCGCAUUCCAAGUCCCCAUCAUCGUUGGUCAAGCCAUCGUCGAACCCACCGAUCUCGCCUCCGUCACCGCGAUGAUUUUGUUCUGUCAAACCAUCGGCGGUGCGUUCUUCGUUUCCGCUGGCCAGGUCGCAUUCGCGAAUAUCCUCGUUGCGCGUCUCGUUGAAACGGCACCUGCUGUUUCGCCAGCCGAAGUCGUCACGAUCGGUGUAACUGAAAUCAGAAAUCACUUCGCAGCAUCGGAUGUCCCGGGCAUCGUGCUAGCUUACAUGGAUGGCCUACAGGUUGCGUAUGCGAUUGCUAUUGCGUCGGCGGGAAUCUCAGUGUUCAUUGCUAUGGGGAGUAAGUGGACGAAUUUGAAGGGGAAGGUGCAGGCUGGUGGUGCUGCGUAG